CUGCAAAGUUCAAAAUGGAUGACAGAUUGUAAAAUAAGUUCAGUCGUAUUUUUCUGUUUAGUACCGUCUAAUUUGUUUUUGAGAUCCCAUAGGAUUAAAUUCACACUUUAUUCUACUUUUUAUUUAACUUUCUAGAUGAGUGACGAUUAGAUGUUCUUAAGUUUGUUUAUCAUUAAUUUCUAUGAACUCUAAAAGCGAAACUGACGAAGCUUCAAGGGGGAGCGAAGCAUCAUCGUCAAAUAAAAAUAUAACCCCAGAGACUUCCAAAGGUGAAUCCCCGGCUAGUUUAUGCGCGGUAACAGAUUCAAGCAAUAGCCAAGACAUUAUGAAGCGAGCUGCUGCGAAACAGUUAAUAGAAAGAUAUUUUUAUCAGUUAGUGGAUGGCUGUGGAAACCCAAAUUGUGACAAUAAAUAUUGUGCUUCAAGUGGAGAGGCCAGAAAUUUAACCCCAAAUGAAGCUGCAGCAGAAGCAAUCAAAUUGUUCUCUAAAGAAGCCCGGCUUUGUGACAGUCUACCCAACAAAGUGCCCAGAACUGAAGCCAGUCAUUGUGAAUCAAGCACUAGCAAUGCUUGUGCCACAUCAUCCACAAAAGAAAAGACAGUUCGAAAUGAGAAUAAUUUAGAGAAACCAUCCUCAAGUAUGUCCCCUGUACAGUGUAUAGAAGAUGUAAAGCCAGAAACUAGUCAAAAUAUACCACGGAAUGUUGAUAACACAGAUCUUAGUCAUAGCAAUGGUGCACCAUUAACGGAAGAAAAAAUAUAUCAAUUGUGUGAUGAAUGUCUACAGAAUAAAACCCCACAGCCCUUACGAAGGGCACUAGGAAUUGCCUUUACACAACCCACUAUAUUGGCAAGAAGCUUUCCAAGUAAAGUCAUCAGUGAUUUUAACAGCAAUGAAAAAGAAAAUACAGAUAAGGAAUCCAAAGCAAUGUGUUCAAGAGACCCAGAUAAAGACGUGGACAGUGUGACAGGCCCGGGGCUGGAUGUGGCAUCAUGUAGACGUGCUUUUGCGUACCUUUCUAAAGUGCCAUCAGAAUACUACAGUUCAGCUUUAGUCAUAGCACUUACAACUCUAGCAGAAAAUUUGCGACUGGACUUAAGAACAACAAAGAAUAUUAAUUUGGAUGAUGUGAUCAACUGCUUUGUGAUAGCCUUUGAGGUGCCGGAUCUGAGUUGUAGCGACUAUUUGGAGGUUGCUCUACCUGCUUUGUGCCAUGCAGCUAAAUGCUUGACAGUUAAAGGACAAGCGAAAUUAGCCCGAGUGUGGGCGACGGAAUGCAAGGAGAGUUUAAGGCAUGUUCUAGAAACGCUGCAGCAACUCAUCACGUUAAGGAUCAUAUCAACGAACUAUACGCGGACUUUCGAAGUGCAAGAUGACGAGUGCUUGAUCGUGGCAACAAAGCUGAUGAAGAUAGUAUACUAUGCAAAUAUGUUAGCUGGAGUAAUGGAACCAAAUACAUUGCGAGAAGAACCUAUAGUUAUUGCAAAUCAAUUGGAUCCACUGGGUGAUGCCUUGGAUCAUUUCUAUCCACUAUCGUCUAUGAAAAACUCUAAGCAAGCUCAACCAGAGGACCCUUUAGCUCUGGAAUUAGGCGUAAAUGUGUUAGAUGCUAGGAAGCCAUACUUGCCAUUUGAAGAGUUCUACAACGAACCACUUAGUGAUACUAUACAAAUGGAUAUUGAUUUUGCCAAUUAUAAAACUGAAAUUGCAUAUGGGCGCAAGUUCUCGUUCCUGCGGUACCCGUUCGUGCUGACGGCGGCGACCAAGUCGCUGGGGCUGUACUACGAGAACCGCAUCCGCAUGUACUCGGAACGGCGCGUGUCGCUGCUGCACGCGGUGGUCGGCGCCGCGCCGCCGAUGCCCUUCCUGCGCCUCAAGGUGCGCCGCGACCGGAUCAUCGACGACGCGCUCGUUGAGCUGGAAAUGAUAGCAAUGGAACGCGCGCUAGAUCUCAAGAAGCAACUCAUGGUGGAGUUCGAGGGGGAACAGGGUGUGGACGAAGGGGGAGUUAGUAAGGAGUUCUUUCAGCUCAUUGUUGAGGAAAUAUUCAACCCGGACUAUGGAAUGUUCACACAACAGUCUGAAUCCCAUACUGUUUGGUUCAACCCCACCUCGUUCGAAACGGAAGCGCAGUUCACUCUGAUAGGGAUCGUGCUUGGCCUUGCGAUUUAUAACAAUAUAAUAUUAGCCGUUAAUUUCCCCAUGGUCGUGUACAGAAAGUUGAUGGGCAAAAAGGGCUCGUUUGAAGAUUUAGCUGAUUGGAAUCCUACGCUUUAUAAUGGACUCAAAGAUAUGUUAGAAUACACGGGCGAUGAUUUGGAAGAAGCGUAUUACCAAACAUUUAGGAUAUGUUAUAGAGAUGUGUUCGGUAAUAAUAUAUUUCAUGAUCUCAAAGAGGAUGGAGAUAGUAUAUUUGUAACGCAAGAUAAUAAACAGGAAUUCGUGGAUAUGUACGCCGAUUUCUUAUUGAACAAGUCAGUGGAGAGCCAGUUCAAGGCGUUCAGGCGCGGCUUCAUCAUGGUGACGGACGAGAGCCAGCUCUCGACGCUCUUCAGGCCUGAAGAGGUGGAGACGCUCGUUUGUGGGAGUAAGAACUUCGACUUCAACGAACUGGAGAAAUCGACGGAAUACGACGGCGGCUACACGGCCGAGUCGCAGAUCAUCAAAGACUUUUGGAGCAUCGUCCACAGUUUGCCGCUAGAGGACAAGCGGAAGCUCCUGCAGUUCACCACCGGCUCCGACAGGGUCCCCGUGGGGGGGCUCAGCCACCUCAAGCUGGUCAUAGCCAGAAACGGCCCAGACUGCGACCGGCUGCCCACAGCACACACUUGCUUCAACGUCCUGCUCCUCCCAGAAUACGAAAACAAAGACAAACUCCAAGAUAGACUGAUGAAAGCGAUAAGCUACUCUAAAGGCUUCGGAAUGCUUUAACGCUCACUGUUACACUAUAGCCCGCUAACGUUUGUAAUGAUUAAUUAAUGUUUGUUUAUUUAUAAA